ACGAAACCAGAAAUGGCCAAGGAUGAGCGUGUCCGAGUCUUGAGCCGGGGCAUCGUGAAGGCAUCCGGCUUCUCUGUUACAGUCGCACCACGCGUCCUCGCCGUCUCCAACCUCGAUCUGCUACCUCAGAGCAUCCCGGUCUCGCUCUUCUGCGCAUACCGCAAGCCAUCCGCUGGCGAUUUCGGCGACGUGGUCGCAGCCUUCGAGUCCAAACUGCCGUCCCUGCUCGACCAUUUCCUCCCCCUGACCGGCCGCAUCGUCGCCGACCCGCGCUCAGGGCGUCCGGAGGUGCACUGCAACAACCAGGGCGCCGAGCUCGUCGUCGGCGAGGUCCGCGUGGCUCUGGCGAGCCUGGACUUCGGGGAUCUGGGCGCGUCGCUGGCGCGGACCGGCGUCCCCGUCCAGUACGGCGCCGACAUCGCGCUGUCGGUGCAGCUGGUGUCGUUCGCCUGCGGCGGGUUCGCCGUGGCGUGGGGCAGCAACCACGCGAUCGUGGACGGGUACUCGCUGUGCUUGAUGGCCAACGCGUGGUCCCAGCUCGUGCGCUCCGGGACGAUUCCCGCCACCGGGACCCCGAACCACGACCGUUCCGUGUUCCGUCCGCGCGCCACGCCGUCGUACGGCUCCUCGGCCGGGGAGCUGUUCAUGUCGUCGGAGAGUGAGCAUCUCGUCAACGCUCUCACAAACGAGAGCUCCUUCGUCCGUCGCACGUACUACAUCGACGCACGGGACGUCGCUACGCUGAGGACGCAGGCGAGUCGGGAUCGGGAACGGGAAGAUGCGGAUGCGGCCGCCGGCGAGCGCGGUGCGACACGCGUCGAGGCGGUGUCCGCGUACCUGUGGAAGGUCUUUGCCGCCGUUGUGGGCGGGUCCGACGAGAAAUGCCGCAUGGGCUGGUGGGUGGACGGCCGACGGUGUCUCACGGCGGCGGGGUACGAGGCAGCCGCGAUGCGCAACUACGUCGGCAACGUCACGACGUUCGCGGUGGCGGAGGCAAGCGUGGAGGCGAUCCAGCGGCGGCCGCUUCCUGAAGUCGCGUCGAUGGUGCGGGAGUCGAUCAGGUCGACGGCUACGGACGAGCACUUUCAAGAGCUCAUGGACUGGGUGGAGGAGCACAAGGCUGCCAACUACGUCGAGACGGCCACCGUCGGGCUGGGCAGCCCGGUACUGGCUGUGACGUCCUUCACGUCGUUCAGUUUCGACACCGACUUCGGCUUCGGGCACGCCGCGUUGGUGAUGCCAACGUCGGUGAACCGCGGGAGGCUGUGCUGCGGCUUGAUGCGGAUCAUCGCGCUCCCGGGAGGCGAUGGCUGGCUUCUCAGCAUGCGUGUCUGGCCGAAGCUCGCCGCCGCUUUUGACUCCGACGAGCACCGCAUCUUCAAGCCUCUCUCCGCGGAGCAUCUCGGCCUGGGUCAGUACAGCCGGCUCUGA